UCAGUAGUAUUAAUCAUUUAAAAAAAAUUUAAAAUAAAUAAAUUACUGUGUAUUUUAGAUAAUUGUUUGGCUGGUGGACUAUAUUUGUUUGCUUUUAGUGCCCCUGCAUAUAUUGCAGUACAGAAAUUGGUAUCAAAUUAUGUGUAAACAUGGUUUUUGGCAAAAGAUGAUGCAAAGGUAGAUUUUUUGAAGUUAACAUCGUAUGUUCUUUUUUAAGGAAUAUGUGUCACUAUCACUUAUCGAAAGGAAAAAUGAAAGAAUUGAAUACUAAGCAACUGUCUAAUUGGUCGAUGUAAGUAGCUUCAACUUUACAGAAUUUUUUACUGGAGCUAGAUGGAUGCUUGUUGGGAAGUAGGUGGUAUUCAAUGUGUUAUGCCCAUAGUUUGUCGUACCUGAUGCGGUUUUUGUUUCAAAUUCGGCGUCCAUAUUUAUUGAGAAAGCACAAACACUGUUGAUUAAGUCAAGUCAUUCAGAAGGCUUAGUUUCAUGUAGAUUGUUAUUUUGUUCUCGUUUCUGAAAUCUUUAUUUGCUGCUUUCUGCUUUGGGUGGGAGUUUUAGAUUAGGAAAAAUGCUGGGUUGCAUAUUCAAUGCUCCACUUCAAAUGUGACUUCACUUUGCAGGAGAAAAUGAUAAACAAACGGCCUUUUGAUGGUGAGGAUUCUUAUGAGGUUGCUUGGAAGCACCCAAGACAAUUGGAAUACGCUGAUGAGCCUUCUCCAAUUGCAGAUACUUUUCCUUUUAGUAGCGCCCCCCAGAAAUUUCAAAUUUCAGAUGGUGAAGGUGACGGGAGUUUUAGUACAUGUCCAAAUGAAGGAGGGUUUGCAAGUGACUUGGGAACUGAAAUCUCAAAUGAGACCUAUAGAGAACUUGGAAAUGGUGCUUCUGGAAGCUUCUCUCGAUUUUGGUUGGCCAACAACAGUUUGUUUGAAGCUCAUGUAAGACCUGAGGCAGCAGGGCAUCUGUCAUUAUUCCCAGAAUUUUUUGCACCUGCAAACCAUCUGAGGGCUUUACUUCAUUCGAAUGAUAUCUGCUUAUCUCCUGUUGAUUAUCCUCCUCAAAAGCUAGUUUCUAUCGGACCUCAGCAUCAAGCUCAUGUUCCAGAAUGGGGCCAUGAGGGUUCACACACUUCAGAUCAUCUGGAGAAAUUGGAUCCUCAGCAUGAACUUUCAAAUGCUUCCGGCAAGGGCCUUGGUGUUGAUGAGGUGAAGCUGAUGGGUACCUGUAUCAUUUCUAUGCCUGAUCUUGAAGCAUAUGAAAACUAUUUAUGUGAAGAUAUGGGAGCUAGAAACCACUGUAUGUGUGCUGAUGCAGGUUCUGUUAGAUGUGUGAGACAGCAUGUCCUGGAAGCAAGAGAGAAAUUAAGGGAAGACCUUGGAGAGUGCCUAUUUGAAGAGUUGGGAUUUUAUGAAAUGGGAGAGGCGGUUGCAGAUAAAUGGACUAAAGAUGAAGAACUUGCCUUCCACGAUGCCAUCCGUUCUAACCCUGCAUCAUUGGCGUGCUGAGCAGAAUAGGUUUGACCCUCUAAACAUUGAUAGCGAUGAUGAUGAGUGGCAAAAAUGUGAACUUGGAGUGGUCGAUGAUGACGAGGACGCAUUGGUGGAAUCUCCUGUAAAUCUAGAUGCUCCUGCCUAUAAUCAGGUAGAACAUUUUGACAGUUUUAAUGAACAAAUUGAGGAUGCUGAUGAUGUAGAUGGUUGUAAUGAUAAUGCCGAUGUCGUUGGUUGUGCUGGAAUUACGGACGAGGAUGCAGGCGAUAUAGAUGAUGGCCCAGAAUCUCAUGCUGAGAAUCCCCUUGGUGAUUGUGGUGCUACUGAAACUCUGGUUCUGGAUAAAACUCCUAGCAGUAACAGAGAGGAUUAUGAUAUUGAAGAUGAUUCUUGCACAUCAUAUGAGCAUCAGCAAGGAAGUUGAAUUAUGUUGUCAACUUAAGGGGAGAAUGAUGCAAGAGACUGCAGCGUAGAACAACUCCUUGUCUAUUUAAUUACACGAAGUAUCUUGAUUGACCUGCAUCAGCACAGUUAGAUAAUAAGAUGGCAACGGUCGGCGAUGAACUACAGUACAGUUGCUAACUCCUUGUACUGUUGUUUCAUUCAAGCCAGCUUUGGGCUGUAUGAACUCCGUAGAGCCUUCUGUUCAUGAUUUCGAGAACCCUGAAGAAGGAUUUUCGAGUUGGCAAUAAAUGGUUAGCCCUUCAAAAGUGAAAGUAGUAUUCUUUCGGUUUUUUUUCACUUCUUGGAAGAAGGCAAGCUACAGAUGUAGGUUUCUAGUACAUGAUGGAUGUCCUCCGCGAGCCAGUCAAAGGGAUAACCGUGGCCGGAAAACUCCUUCCUUCAGUGAACAGAGUAGAAUUUCGAUACCCGUGUUCUUCCUUGAGACGAAAAUCCUGCCUUCCCUUGUCAGGAUGAGUCCCGUGAGAACGGUAACAUAAAUGAAACGGUUUUCAGUCGAAGCAAUCGAAUCAAAAGUUCGUUACGAAGAAUUCUACACUGUUAUCAUUUUGGAAGUGUUGUAUUCAUCUGUGAUGAGGUUAAUUCGUUUUAUGUUUUGUGUUCGUUUUCCCAGUGUUCUCUGUUAUUUGAUACUCUCAGUCUCUCCCAAUCCUUUGAAAUAUUAUUAUUUGUUUUUAAUAUUUUUUUGGGUCAAUUAUUUGUAUUUAAUAAACUUUACAUGAAGUAAAUACUUGUCAUAACUUCUCUA